UCCCAUACUCAUUUCACACAUACAGAUUAAGAAAAGGAGCUACUUUUUUUGGGAGCUGUCAACGCAUUAUGGUUAAAGUUAAACUAAGUAAAACACAACUAUCCAAAUGGUGUGCUUUAAAUAAGAUUGGGGGACCUAAAGUGUGUGUCAGAUCAAAAACCAAGACACAGGAAUCUAUUAAAGGCAAAGAGCUUAGCUGUCUGUUUAUGUGCCUUAGAGAGGAUGGAGGGAAGUAGUGUGCCUUCUAAAUCAUUGGAAAUGGUGAGGCAGUAAGAUUGAGCCCCCUGCCCUUCAUUUGAAUGCCUCUAAUUUUUUUGUUUUGUUUUUGGAAGUAAUAGAAUAAAAACCUUCCUAUCUAGGACAAAAUACUAGAAUAAACAUACUCAACUACUCAAGUGUUGUUCAUCACAGAAGACAAGAGUAAUACAUACAAAAAACCCCACAAAUCAUUCCAAGCAAAAAAAACAAAGAAGAGAUAUUGUAUAAACUUCAGAAAUUCAUACCUAUAUGGCUCCAAGAAGUAGUAGUAGUAGUAGUAGUUGUUGUUGUUGUUGUUCCUCGUUCGUUAUCAAAUUUGUUGUUUCCUUCCUAGUUGUCGCUUCCGUUGUUGGUCCCGCGCUCUCGCUACCGAGCAACCAAACGUUCGGGCCGUUACAUGAGCUGCAGAAAUUAAGGAGGAUCAGAGCUCAACUUAAGAAAAUCAACAAGCCUGCAGUCAAGUCUAUUAAGAGUUCUGAUGGUGAUUGGAUAGACUGUGUUCCGUCUCAUCUUCAACCGGCUUUCGACCAUCCCGAACUCAAGGGACAAAAGCCACUGGAUUCACCAGAUAGGCCGAAAGGUUUUGAGCCUGUUGAUGAAGUGACAGAGAGUGUUCAACAAUGGGCUGAAUCUGGAGAAUCAUGUCCAAAUGGAACUAUUCCAAUCAGAAGAACUACAGAAGAGGAUUUUCUGAGAGCUAGUAAAUUUGGAAGAUUUGGAAGGAAGCCUAGAAGAGGUGUUAGGCGAGACUCAGACGGCAGUGGUCAUGAGCAUGCGGUGGCGUUUGUUAAUGGGCAACAGUUUUAUGGUGCUAAAGCAAGUAUGAAUGUUUGGACACCUCAAGUGAGUGAUGCAUAUGAAUUUAGCUUGUCUCAAGUAUGGGUCAUCUCUGGUUCAUUUGGCAAUGAUCUUAAUACGAUUGAAGCAGGCUGGCAGAUAAAUCCAGCUUUAUAUGGUGAUAAAUACCCUAGGUUCUUCACGUAUUGGACGACGGAUGCAUACCAGGCUACUGGAUGCUACAACUUACUGUGUUCGGGCUUUGUUCAGACGAACUCCAAGAUCGCAAUUGGAGCAGCAAUCUCACCAAGAUCAUCCUUCAAGGGUAGACAAUUUGACAUCAGUAUCACAGUUUGGAAGGACCCUAAGCAUGGACACUGGUGGCUUGAACUCGGAUCAGGGCAACUAGUUGGGUAUUGGCCGGCAUUCUUGUUUAGUCACUUAAGGAUGCAUGCAAACAUGAUUCAGUUUGGAGGAGAAAUUGUUAACAGCAGAUCUUCAGGUUUCCACACAUCUACUCAGAUGGGUAGUGGUCAUUUUGCAGAUGAAGGGUUCACAAAAGCAGCAUAUUUUCGUAAUUUACAACUGGUUGAUUGGGAUAAUAACUUGAUUCCUUUGUCAAAUCUUAAACUUCUGGCUGAUCAUCCUAAUUGCUACAAUAUAAGACAAGGAAGAAAUAAUGUAUGGGGUAAUUACUUCUAUUAUGGAGGACCUGGAAGAAAUGUAAGGUGUCCUUAAAAACAAAAAAAGAAGAGAGAAUUGUGUUUUUGAUUUUUUUUUUUUUUCCCCUCAUGCCUUUAUUUGGGUUAGGUUAUAAGUAUUCAUAUCUUAGUAGAUUAUUACUUCUCCAACAAUGAAUCAUUCAAUGUGAUCAGUGUGUAUAUCUAAGAAAAUACAAGUUGUUGAUAGAUUAUUUAGUCCAUUGUGUUGUA